AUGGAAAAUGCGCACACUAAAUCAGCGACUGAAGUUUUAGACAACUUCGGUGUGAACGAAAACACUGGGCUGACUCUGGAACAAGUCAAAGUCCAUUUGGAGAAAUAUGGACCGAACGAGCUCCCGGCUGAAGAAGGCAAGUCCCUGUGGGAGCUGGUGGUGGAGCAGUUUGAAGACCUCCUGGUCAGGAUCCUGCUGCUAGCUGCCUGCGUCUCCUUUGUGUUGGCUCUGUUUGAGGAGGGAGAGGAGACGACCACCGCCUUUGUGGAGCCUGUUGUCAUUCUUCUUAUCCUCAUUGCCAACGCUGUUAUUGGGGUCUGGCAGGAGCGCAACGCUGAGAAUGCCAUCGAGGCCCUGAAAGAGUACGAACCGGAGAUGGGGAAGGUGUACCGCAUGAACCGCAAGGCCGUCCAGAGGAUCAAAGCCCGAGACAUCGUCCCAGGGGACAUAGUGGAGGUGGCAGUUGGUGACAAGGUGCCUGCUGACAUCAGAGUGACCUCUAUAAAGUCCACCACCCUGCGAGUGGACCAGUCCAUCCUCACAGGGGAGUCUGUGUCCGUCAUCAAACACACUGACCCUGUCCCUGACCCCAGAGCUGUCAACCAGGACAAAAAGAACAUGCUGUUUUCUGGCACCAACAUUGCUGCAGGUCGCGCCAUAGGUGUCGUCGUCGCUACCGGCGUGACCACAGAGAUUGGUAAGAUCCGUAACCAGAUGGCAGCUACGGAGCAAGAGAAGACGCCGCUGCAGCAGAAGCUGGACGAGUUCGGACAGCAGCUCUCCAAGGUCAUCUCCCUGAUCUGCGUGGCCGUGUGGGUCAUCAACAUCGGCCACUUCGGAGACCCCGUCCACGGCGGCUCCUGGGUCCGAGGCGCCAUCUACUACUUUAAGAUCGCUGUGGCCCUGGCUGUGGCCGCGAUCCCUGAGGGCCUGCCCGCUGUCAUCACCACCUGCCUGGCCCUCGGCACACGUCGCAUGGCCAAGAAAAAUGCCAUUGUUCGCAGCCUGCCGUCUGUCGAGACCCUGGGCUGUACCUCUGUUAUCUGCUCUGACAAGACGGGCACCCUCACCACCAACCAGAUGUCUGUUUGCAGAAUGUUCGUCGCAGACAAGGUGGAAGACUCAAACUGCACCCUUCAUGAGUUCUCUAUAACUGGUUCUACUUAUGCCCCUGAGGGACAAAUACUGAAAGGAGAAAGGCCCGUCCAGUGUGGUGACUAUGAUGGACUUUUGGAGUUGGCCACUGUGUGCUCUAUGUGCAAUGACUCUUCACUGGACUACAAUGAGGCCAAGGGGGUUUAUGAGAAGGUGGGUGAGGCCACAGAGACGGCUCUCACCACCUUGGUGGAGAAGAUGAACGUCUUCAAGACUGACCUAUCUGGACUCAGCAAGGUGGAACGUGCCGGGUCCUGCAACUCGGUGAUCAGACAGUUGAUGAAGAAGGAGUUCACCCUGGAGUUCUCUCGUGACCGCAAGUCCAUGUCUGUCUACUGCACCCCCGUCAAGCCGGGCUCCCAGAGCAAGAUGUUCAUCAAGGGUGCUCCGGAGAGUGUGAUGGAGCGGUGUCAGUACCUACGCGUGGGGACAGGGAAGGUGACGCUGACACCGGCCCUGCGUGACCAGCUGAUGUCCAAGAUCAGGGACUGGGGGACAGGCAGGGACACCCUGCGCUGCCUGGCUCUGGCCACACAUGACACCCCGCCACGCAAAGAGGACAUGGACCUGGAGAACUCCACCAAGUUUGUGGAGUAUGAGCUGGGUCUCACGUUUGUUGGCUGUGUGGGCAUGCUCGACCCGCCCAGGAAGGAGGUGAUCGGUGCGGUGAAACUGUGCAACGAGGCCGGUAUUCGCGUCAUCAUGAUCACGGGAGACAACAAGGGCACAGCUGUGGCCAUAUGCAGACGAAUCGGCAUCUUCGGGGAGGAUGAGGACGUGGCGGGAAAGGCCUACACGGGCCGCGAGUUCGACGACCUCCCGCAGGAGGCGCAGAGGGACGCCGUCAAACGGGCGCGGUGCUUCGCCCGCGUCGAGCCGGCUCACAAGUCGAAGAUCGUCGGAUACCUGCAGUCAUUCGAUGAGAUUACUGCCAUGACGGGAGAUGGUGUGAACGAUGCCCCAGCCCUGAAGAAAGCAGAGAUUGGCAUUGCCAUGGGCUCUGGGACUGCAGUGGCCAAGUCAGCAUCUGAGAUGGUGCUGUCUGAUGACAACUUCUCCACCAUCGUGGCUGCCGUGGAGGAGGGCAGAGCCAUCUACAACAACAUGAAGCAGUUCAUCAGAUACCUCAUCUCCUCCAACGUGGGAGAAGUCGUCUGCAUCUUCCUGACGGCCAUCCUGGGUCUCCCCGAGGCUUUGAUUCCAGUGCAGCUGCUGUGGGUUAAUCUGGUGACCGAUGGCCUGCCUGCCACUGCCCUGGGCUUUAACCCGCCAGACCUGGACAUCAUGGACAAACCCCCUCGCAACCCGAAGGAGCCUCUCAUCUCUGGCUGGCUCUUCUUCAGAUACCUGGCCAUUGGAGGAUACGUGGGUCUUGGAACAGUGAGCGCUGCGACGUGGUGGUACCUGUUUGAUGAGGAAGGCCCACAGGUGUCUUUCUAUCAGCUGCGACAUUUCAUGCAGUGCACCGAGGAUAACCCCAUGUUCCAGAAAAUAGACUGUGAGGUGUUUGAGUCCCGCUACCCCACCACCAUGGCCCUGUCUGUGCUGGUCACCAUCGAAAUGUUCAACGCGCUCAACAGUUUGUCUGAGAACCAGUCCCUGGUCAGGAUGCCUCCCUGGGUCAACAUCUGGCUGCUGGGAGCCAUCAUCCUCUCGCUCUCCCUCCACUUCUUAAUCCUCUAUGUUGAGCCUCUGCCGCUCAUCUUCCAGGUGACCCCCCUGCGCUGGUCCCAGUGGAUCAUGGUCCUGAAGAUCUCCAUUCCGGUCAUCCUCCUGGAUGAGGCACUGAAAUAUAUGUCCAGGAACCAUCUAGAAGGUGAUGAGGAGAAGAAAUAUCGGAGGAGAUGGCAGCUGAACUAAGACCUCUCCCUCAACACACUCACACAGUUUAGACACACGCCUACCCACUUCCCUUUAUGAGCUAGGAGCCUUUUCUCUCCCCCCUGUCCUCGUUCCCCGCUCCUGCAUGUCCAACAAAGCACCACUAGAAAAUGAGCAGGGCUUGCAUGAGAAUGAGUGUGCAAGAAAGAGAGCAUGGCUUUGUACGAGUGUGUGAGUAGAUGAACACUCUGUGUGUGUUGUGUGUGUGUGUGUGUGUGUGUGUGUACAGGGAGAUGCAGGCCUGUCUUUAUAGUUGCGAGAGCGAGAAACAACUGCAGAAAAAAAGGAUAAAACUGCCCAGGGCUCUGCUUUUUAAAGAUUUCUGCUCAUUGUUUCAGUUUUUUUUUUGUUGUUGUUUUUGACUGUACAGUACAAACAUAGUGGUGCAGUACCUGGACUCUGGGGAGGG